AUGGCAACCAACGAGGAUCAAAAGCAAACUGAAUCUGGAAGACACCAAGAGGUUGGUCACAAGAGUCUUCUCCAAAGUGAUGCUCUUUACCAGUAUAUUCUAGAGACCAGUGUUUUCCCAAGAGAACAUGAAGCCAUGAAAGAAUUGAGAGAGAUCACAGCAAAACACCCAUGGAACCUCAUGACAACCUCUGCAGACGAAGGACAAUUUUUGAGCAUGCUCCUUAAACUCAUCAAUGCCAAGAACACCAUGGAAAUUGGUGUCUACACUGGCUACUCCCUCCUUGCCACUGCCCUCGCCAUUCCCGAAGAUGGAAAGAUUCUGGCUAUGGAUAUUAACAAGGAAAAUUACGAACUGGGUCUUCCUGUGAUAAAGAAAGCUGGUGUUGAUCACAAAAUUGAUUUCAGAGAAGGCCCUGCUCUACCAGUUCUUGAUGAAAUGGUUAAAGAUGAAAAAAAUCAUGGGAGCUACGAUUUCAUUUUUGUGGAUGCUGAUAAGGACAAUUACAUAAACUACCAUAAAAGAUUGAUUGAUCUUGUUAAAGUGGGAGGUGUGAUCGGCUACGACAACACCCUAUGGAACGGAUCUGUGGUGGCACCUCCUGAUGCUCCUCUCAGGAAGUAUGUUAGGUACUACAGAGAUUUCGUGUUGGAGCUUAACAAGGCUUUGGCUGUGGACCCUAGGAUUGAGAUCUGUAUGCUUCCGGUUGGCGAUGGAAUCACUAUCUGCCGUCGGAUCAAGUGA